UGUCUAUCUUAUUUUAAAUGAGAAAGUGCAGCUACAAAGUGUAUCGAUACACAAUGAAAUCAAAUUAUUUUAACAAUGUUGUGAACUCGGAGUACAGUCGGAAAAAUGACGGACGUAUCGAAUAUGGAACUGCUGGUUUUAGAACAAAGUCGGAUAUCUUGGAGCAUGUUUUAUACAGAAUGGGCCUUUUAGCUGUGUUACGAUCUAAAGUAAAAAAAGCCGCCAUAGGUCUAAUGAUUACUGCGAGUCACAAUUUGGAACCUGAUAAUGGCAUCAAGCUUGUUGAUCCAGCUGGUGAAAUGCUCGAAGCUUCUUGGGAAAUGAUAGCGACAAAUCUAGCUAAUGUGCUGGACAGUGAUUUAAUACCAAUGUUAGUACAUAUAUCUACCAAGGAAAAUAUUGAUUUGUCGGUACCAGCCAUGGUGAUAAUAGGAAGAGAUACUCGUAAAAGCAGUCCCAUCCUGUUGAAAGCUGCAUUAGCAGGAAUCAAAGCAUUAAACGGCAAUGUUACAGAUUUAGGAUUGGUCACAACUCCGCAGCUACACUACGUCGUGGUAUGCACGAACACUGAUGGCGCUUACGGCAAUCCCACGCUGCAGGGUUAUUAUUCGAAGCUAGCAGCAGUAUUCAAAAACAUACGAGGCACUGAGAUAAAUAAUGGAAAGUACAUAAGCGGAUUGCAAUUGGAUACUGCAAAUGGCGUGGGUGCUAUCGCGGCGAAAGAGUUUCAGAGAUACCUGAAGGGUGUAUUGGAUAUCAAAUUAUUUAACGACGGAAGCGGGGACUUGAAUCAUAUGUGUGGCGCGGAUUUUGUCAAAGUACAACAGAUAUUACCUCUGAAUAUCCCAUCUGAGAAGAGUAUUAGAUGCGUCAGUAUAGACGGAGACGCUGAUAGAGUGGUGUAUUUUUACAUAGACGGGAAUAAUAAAUUUCAUCUUUUGGAUGGGGACCGAAUAGCAACGCUAGUGGCCGCUUACUUCAAAGAAUUAUUGGAAAUGAGUGGUUUAUCCUUACAAUUAGGCUUGGUGCAAACCGCAUAUGCCAAUGGUGGUUCAACCGAUUAUAUUUCGAACGUCUUGAAAGUUCCAGUGGCGUGUGUGCCAACUGGUGUGAAGCAUUUGCACAAGAAAGCGCUGGAAUUUGACAUUGGAGUCUAUUUCGAGGCAAACGGACAUGGAACCGUAAUCUUCAAAGAUACUGCUAAAGAAGCUAUCAAGAACCACGCUAAGAACGAAAUACUUUCAACGACACAAAGGGUGGCCUCUUCAAAACUGAGGGAUGUAAUCGAUUUAAUAAACGAAACGGUUGGCGAUGCGUUGAGUGAUAUGUUACUAGUCGAGACUAUAUUACACGCCAAGGGCUGGGAUGUUAUCGAGUGGGAAAGAAGUUACAACGAUCUUCCGAAUAGGCAACUCAAAGUCAGAGUGAAGGAUAGAAAUAUUAUAACAACAACGAAUGCAGAAAGACAUUGCCUAACUCCUAUUUGCUUACAAGAAGAGAUUGACAAGAUCGUCUUGAAAUAUUCAAGAGGUCGAUCUUUCGUUAGACCUUCCGGAACUGAAGAUAUCGUCCGCGUUUAUGCGGAAUGUGAGAGUUCGUCGGAUGUUAAUAAACUAGCUGUGGAAGUAGCUUCACUCGUGUACAGAUUUGCAGGCGGUGUUGGACCAGAACCCAGUUUGUCAUGAGCUUAUAACAUCAGACUCAAAUAUUAUACUGAGUUGUUAUAUUGAGUAGUAAAAAAAGUUCUGACUCACCCUUUUAAAAUGAUUUUUAUAAUACAAAUUUAUUCAGAAAUAUCGAUAAUUAAUAAUCAUUUUUGGAGG